AUGGAGCUCUAUUGGUUGUUGGUAUCCGUCAUUUCGCUAUGGAGCGUGCAAGCUGCUCCAGUGCUUCACAACCCGUUUCAAGUGGAUGCGCCUCUGCCAUUGAUCAACUUGCUCCAGAUCGGAGGUAUUGGAAGCGAUGCCGUAACUGACGUGUCGCCAUCUGCAACUGAAAAUACAGCAUCUGGCUCGUUUGCAGGUGAGGGUGCUACUAAUGGACAAGGUGCUCCUGCGGAAGCGCAUGCAUCAUCAGAUGCGCCAGCUGAAGGCAAUGGCGUUCCAGCAGCUUCUGCAGAUGUUACGCAGCCUGGUAAUUCCAUGGACACCGCGGGAUUGGCCACGAAUUCGAAUUAUGGCAAUGUGACGGACGCAGCCAGUUCUCUGGUUGAGGGUGAAGCUGCCGCUCCAGGUUUGCCAAAUGUCGGUGGACUCGAUCAUGAGGCAUCACAGCCACCUACAAUGGCUGCUGCUGAAGCAGGACAAGCUAAUUCGAUGCCAGCUGACCCAACCACCACAGAAAAUGUGGCUGCAUCGUCCAGCCCGGUGUUGUCGCAGGGUACAGACCUGUCUUCUGGUAAUAUCCCCAGCAUCGAUUCCGAUGCUGAUGACUCCAUUCUUUCGGAUUCAUCUGCAACCACCGCUCAGUCACCCGCGGAAAAUGUUAAUGGUGGAGUUGCAUCCGGUGACGGCUCGGUGGAAGAAACGAUUGCGCCAUCCGUAGCUCCCCUUACGUACGCCGGACAAGGUUCAACUGAGGGUACGGAUGCCACGGACUCACCGUCUGGUAGUGCAACCGACUCUACCGGUCAACCUGAGACAUCAACCGAGGCAUCGCCUGCAUCUGACACUCCCACGUCAGACAACGCACAGCCUGCGGAGGGCACUGCAGAUGCAACUCAAGCCGGUGAAGCUGGCACCACCGAACCAGGAGCCACGGAAUCGGAAACGCCUGCAACUGAUAAUGGUGAAUCCGCAGAUGCAUCUGCCGCCUUGUCCACCGAAGCCCCGCCAUCCACGCUCAUCGGCGAAGAAACGCCUACGGAGCAGGCCCCUGAAAUCCCUUCCGAUUCGUACAACAAGGAGGACAUGGAGAAGAACAGCGACGCUACGAAAAUCGAUCUCGGGGACGUAAUCGAAGGAGGUAAUCAGAACCUGUCCAACAUGACGGAGAAGGUCGACCAGGAGUGGCUGAACAAGGAAUCGACCGCCGAAUCGAUCCAGGAGAAGCUCCCUGAGGGUACCGGAUACACGUACAACAAGAGCGCCCGCAUGUUGACUCCGGUCGUGCAGGAGCCGAAGAUGAUGGGUGGAGUGCUGCAGACGCUUAUUGACAAGGAGGCCGAGAUUCGCCGCCGUACCGAGCAGGCAGUUCACAUCGAGCACGAUUUGCGCCUGCGCGUGACCCGUGAAACCGCUGAGGUCGUUGCGCUCUUGACCAAUGAGGAUUUGUUUGAGCUGAAGAGGAGCCACCCGCUGGUGUUCAUGAGGAUUGUCGAGCCCCUCAAGGUGGCAGUUGCCAUGGGGCAGCUGAACAAAAGCGCCCACACGAUCGUCAGCACGUACGACCGCAGCUGGUACGUGCGUGCCACGCCCAAGGAGAAGGCGGAUCUGCUGGCCAACAUUCGUAGGGACACCGGCCGUGCAUACCUGUUCGCCUCGAAGGUGAAGAAGCCUAAACAGAUGACCCCGGAGAAAUCGUCGGUGUACCAGAAACUCGACGAGUUCUUCAACGACUACCAAUGUCAGAAGAUCAUCCGCGGUAACCAGGUGGCGAAGCAGAUGCUGCGCAUGUUUUCCGAGAGCAGUGGUUUGUACGUGGCUCCGUUCUACACCGACGUCGUCCCGACGCUGGGCAGUUUGUGGAUGAUCGCGCGGUUUGAGAAGUUCUACAGCCAGAGUGAGAUGUUGAGGGCCGAGGUGCUGGCCAAGUCGCUCCCGCAGAUGGUCGGCCGGUUCAUGGUGAUGGUCGAAAACGGCACUCUGUUGCCGACCUCCAUCAAUCUGCAGGCGAACCUGUACUCGCUGGCCACCAUGCUCAGCAAGAUCAUGGACGGUGUCGCCGGGUCGAGCAAGUUCAUGGGCAAGCGCAAGUUCUACGGGUUCAUGGGCAUGUGCGACGCGAGCUGUGCUCGCGGCAUCGAGACCGACGCUAUUGACGGCGAUGCAUCCAAGAAGUUUGUUUUGAACAAGCAGCGCGAGAUCUUGCGCUGGGUGUCGUUCUACCUGCGUGACGACCUGUUGCGCAUUGACACCACGGUGCAGAAGACGAUGCUGGAGCUCAUGUUCCGCACGACCAACUCCGAGGAGUUCAUCCUCUCGCCUAAGAACGUGAAGCUGCACCUGAAGUCCGAGAUUGUGAAGAACAACGGCCCUUCUAUGUUGGAGCUGCCUCGUAGGCGGUCUAAGCAACCAAAAGAGCCGAAAGCACCGAAACAGAAGGCACAGGCGAAGGACGAUGACAAGGAGCGCAAGGUGCUCAUGGGACGGUUCAUGAGCGGUUACCGUCUGCCCGGUCGUCGCGUAAACAACAAUGCCGACUUCCGUGACAUUGCGCCCUACAACUCCUUCAAGACGCCUGCCAAGCUCGUCGCCUCCCUGGACAACGGUCUGCUGAAUAUGUUGGAGGUCAUCUCUGACGUGGUGAACCUGACCACUGCCGGUGACUCGAGCAACCUGUACUUCCAGGCCUUCAACACGUGGGUGCAGCUGCAGUCGUUCCACGCCGCAAUCCACGCAUUCGAGCCCAACACGUCCCGCCGCAAGACUACUUCGAAGACGCUUGGCGCCGUGUUCCGCUUCCUCAACAUGAGCGCCAGCGCCCACAUCGAGUCGAUGCCGAGGCAAUUCCUGCCCUUCACGUCCUUGAUCCUGCAGCUGUCCUUCUACUUCCAGAACUCCGUGGACGGGUACGAGCGCGGCAAGCUGAAGGGGCUCAAGACGUUCUUCAAGGGGUUGAUGAAAUUCGGUCUCCGCAGUCGCCUGGGCCCCAGCAACUUCGACGAGCUGCACAGCUACUUCGAAACGCAGGUCGUGUACAACAAGGCGCGCUAUAGCAUCGGCCGCGCCGUUGUGGCCAAGUUGACGAGCGACUUCAAGAUGAUGUUCCUGGGCAAGCCCGCAGUCCCGACGCCCAUCAUCCAGCUGAUAACGGUGUACGUCGGCUUGUGGACCCGCGGCAGCGCGGCUGCCCUGGACUUCGCCGAUUACACCAUCGACCCCGUGCGCAAGGCGUUCUUCCUCGGCUACUUGUCGAACAAAUCGGACCUGUCGACGUAUGCCACGGAGAUCAUCGUGCAGCACUGCGCUUCGAAGGCACCGGUGCUGCACCUGGGCUGUUUGAAGGCAUCGGAUAAGGGUCGGAGAUCGUGCAAGCAAGUUUCAUUCCGCACUAACAAGAGCGACGUGUUGAAACUGAUGCAGACGCUCGACGCGACCUUGGAGAACCCUCUGGAUACAGUGCGUAUCGCGUCGGACACCGCUCGCCGUUGCAACGCCAUGCCUGCGCGUACCGGAAUCAGGUCGAGUGGCAAAAAAGCUACUAGCCGUGAUGUCACCAUGCUGUUCUCCGAACUCGCGAUGAGGUAUCAGUGCUACAAGGCUCAGGUGACGGCUGCCGGGCAGCUUGUGAAGAUUUUGUCCAAUCUGAAGGACCAGUCGGCGGUACAAUCUACGAUCGACAACUUCUUCUCCUCCAUGCGUACCAUAACCAUCAAGCAUUCCACGGUGAGCGAGAACGGUCCUACGCUGGUCUGCCCGUUCAUGGACGACGCUCCCGAAGAGUUGCGCAACCGUCACCGCAGCCGUAUCGUGGAGUACGUCAUGAACCGCGUGAAGGCUCGCCGUGGUGCACUGGGUAUCUUCAAAAAAAUCGGCAGCAUCUUCAGUGGCGACAAAUCAAGCGGAGUUAAAGGCACGGUGACCAGCCGCGGCCCGCUUGACAACAUCGCAGGUUGCAUUUUCGUGGGUACGCGUUCGUACGACGGCAUUCUCUUCCACGGCGGGUUUGCGCCGCCGGAGAAGAUCCCUAUCCCAGAGAGCGUCGCUGUGCGCCCCGGUGAGGGUCGUGUGGUGUACAAUGGAGAGAAUUUCGUAUCGGAGAUCGAGGCAUUAGGUCCAUCCACCGGAGUGAAGGCGGUUACCCUGGAGCAGCGCAACGGCGAAACACGCCGCAAGUACGUCAUGGAAUCGGGAGACAAAUUCGGCGAGAUCUCAUUUGCCACGAAGUUCAAGGACUUCGUGGUACGUGCGCACGUGCUUACCACGGCGUCUGCAUUGCGUGGCAUGGGUUACGAUAUCGGCAAGUUCAUAUGGUGUGGUUACGAGCACGGUUGGGUCGCCGAUUUCGCGCUGAACAACGUUAUCGGCAACAGCGACAUACCGGUGUUCAACGGCGACUACUGGGUGCUGAGCAAACAGAUGGUUGUCGCCGACGUGGUUGGCCAGAAGGUGCCAAUCAAGAACGGCGAGCAGAUCAAGGAUGCGAGCGUCCAGAACGUUAACGUUGAAGUCAAGUCCGGUGACGGCAACAGCAUCGCAAGGUACCCAAGCAACCAGGGCUCCCCGUCGUCGUUCAUAACGAGCGGCGACGAGACCACGUUCACUUUCGACACAGGGUACGGUAACGUCUCUCCGGCCGCCGUACGCGACCUCGUGCGCAACGCGGAGUUCGACAGCGCCACCAACACGCUCGUCAUCAAUUUGGACGCCCCUGUAACUGUUCUGCAGGAAUCGCCCAUCAGCAGCGCAGGCUAG